AUGCUCCCACCACCGCGCCCCAGCAGCGGCUACAUAGAGCGCGUGGCCCGCACGCAAGUGACACAAGUGAAAAAACGCAGGCAGCUCAUCGUAUUCGAUCUUAAUGGCACAUUGAUAGCGACUAAAUCGCGCAACGACAAGCAGCGCCCACACCUCGCCCAGCUCCAGAAAAUGCUAUUCGACCACCAUCGCGGGCAGUUUGACGUGAUGGUUUAUAGCUCGGCGAUGCGCCAUAACGUGGCGCGGUAUGUCGACAGUGCAUUCAACGCAACCCACAGACAACACCUCAAGGCCGUCUACACACGCGAGGAUAUGUCCAUGUCCGCGCGCGACUACAAGAAUAAGGUGCAGACGUAUAAGGAUCUCGAGUUGGUGUGGCAUGGGAGUGAGGCAGAUGGCUCAGACGCAGACGCAGAGCACCCUCAGUACUCGCAGUACAACACCAUCCUCGUCGACGACAGUGCCGAGAAGGCAGCGUUCCAGCCGUGGAACUUGCUGCAGGUGUCGACAUGGGAUGGGAGCAGCACCGACAGCAUGCUCGUCGCGCUUCUCGGCGUGCUCGACGAUAUACGAGGGAGCAAUAACGUCAGCCACUAUCUGUCGACAUACACACACGUGCGCAGCGUAGAUCCACACGCUGACACUGCCACGCCCUGGUUCGACAUCCCCCACGUAUACGCACAUUGGAGGGCCAAGGGCGAGGCGCUGCUCAAUGUGGACGGCGUCCUCGACAGCAUGGCUAGGCUGGCGUUGGAGACUUGA